AAAAGGUGUUUAUUAGAGCUGGAAGGUUGCGAUACGCGCAAAGAAAAGAAAAAUAAGGAUCGAUAGAAAAUCGUAUUGGUGAAUCUCGGAUGUGUUGCAUCUUUGAUACACCGAUAGGAGGAGUGGACGACUACUAUUUAUCGAAUCGAUUCUCGAUGCAAUCCGCGAAGAGUGGGGAAUCUAUUUGAGUCGUUCUCAGCGUCGGUUAAAGUUUAAUGAGUCGCCCCUCGUGGUUGCAAAAGGUGAAGGAGUCUGUCGCGAAACGAAAUAAUACUUUUAACGAGAAAACAACUACGCGGAAGUACGACCGCGGCGGCAUCGAAUUAGAUCGAAACGAAACGAAACGAGACGAAAGAUUUGGAAUUAUCGCGAAGAUUAGGAUUCCCCUCUGACCUACCUUACUUCCUUUAUUUCAUUUUAACCGACGACGAUUACAAAACAGAAUGCCGUCGGACGAUCCGCUUCGCAACGAACCAUUGGUUUCCGUUGAAUUCGAAGUUUUUGGUAAAGUUCAAGGUGUAUAUUUUCCCAAAUACGUGAGAGAUCUAUGCCUGCAGCUUGGGAUUUGCGGUUGGGUUAAAAACAGUAAAACGGGAACGAUUCUUGGAAAAAUGGAAGGACCACGUGCAUUCGUCGAUCAGAUGGCACAGUGGCUAUCAACAGUGGGAAGUCCAGGAAGUGAAAUUGACCAUUGCGAAUUUACAAUGUGGGAGUAUGUUACGAGACGUAGUUAUAAAGGUUUUGCUAUACGCUUUUGAACUAAAAUAUACAAUACUAUUCAUUUAUUUUUGUAUGCCAUAAAAUUGUACUUCGCGAAAUGAUGAAUGUUUGUUGGAGAUUUAUAAUUUAUAAUGGGACUUUUAUGUAUGUAUGGAUGUAAAUAGGUAUGCAUAUGUUAGUUAUACCCACGACAUAAAAAAACAAAUAUGUAAAUAUGAAAUAUUCAUUAAGA